GUACGCCAAAAGCAGAUUUCACGGAAAUAUUUUCAUUUGCAUAUUGUGUAUUUGUGUCAAUUGGAGAUAUAGAAAAUGAUUGGAAUGAGAAAGCGGAGUGCAGUAUGGUCCCACUUCAUUGAAGUAAAUGAUAAGAAGGCAAGGUGCCGGUACUGCCAAAUAAAUAUCAGUUUUAAAUGUGGGUCGCAUGGCAAUCUACAGCGGCACAUGAAAGCCAAGCACCCGUUCAUCUCAAUCGAGCACCAACAGUGUGAAGAGAGGCAAUUGGAAAAGGAGUCAGCGCAGGAGCAAGGACAGAAAGCAACACAGGCAAUGCGGGAGUUAUCACAGCCAGAACCAGCACAGAGAACGAGCGAGCAACAUACUGUGGCUGAGCAACCAACAAUUUCACAUUACGUAGAUAAACCAUCAACGGGCAGAAAAGCUAAACAAAUCGACAAGCAGCUCGUCCAGAUGAUCGCAAAAGGGCAUCAUGCACUACGAAUCGUGGAGGAACCAGAAAUGAAGAGGCUGAUUCAAAUGGUGUCACAUUGUCCUAACUACCAACUCCCAUGCAGGAAAACAGUUUCUGAAAAAAUUUUACCACAAAUUUAUGAAGAAUUACUUGCCAAAGCAAAACGUAAGGUUUCCGAAUCAACUGCAGUAUGCCUCACUACAGAUGGGUGGACGUCGCGUAUUAACGAGCAUUUUAUUGCUGUCACUGCACACUUAAUAGACAAAAAUACAAAUCUUUGCUCCAUUUUGAUCUGCUGUAAGCAAUUUAGCGAGAGGCAUACCAGCGAAAAUUUAUGCAACUUUUUAAAAGAAGUUAUGACUGAGUGGCAAAUUUCACACAAAAUUGCAGCUGUAGUAAGUGACAAUGCCCCAAAUAUAAUAAACGCUGUUCGACUAGGAGAGUGGAAGUCAAUAGGUUGCUUUGCUCAUCUUCUCAACCUGAUUGUUCAACAUGGAGUUGCAGAAAUAUCAGAUGUUUUACAUAAAGUAAAAGCAAUUGUGGAGUUUUUUCAACCGAAGCCCACGCGGACUUCAAAAACUUAUGGAUGUACAAAGACAACUGAAUUUAUCUCCCCUGAAGCUGAAACAAGAUGUUUCAACCCGUUGGAAUGCGACAUAUGA